AUGAAGAAAGAAGAGAAUAGUAAGGACGAUGCUCUGAAGGACGGCCGUGCAGAGGGCCAUGCUGUUGGGCGCGUCAAGAAGAGGAAGGCAGCCGAAGAAAUACCGCCGUCUGAUGACCGCGAGCGCAAACACACCGAGCAGCGUCGCCGUCGCCGCAAGAGACGUGAGAAUAAACUGGUCGCCGCGCCGCAGGAGGGCCCUGCUGGGGUCCACGUUAUUGGGCGCUUCAAAGUAAAUAAGGUCGAAGAAGAUAAUCCGCAGUUUAAGGAUCAAGACAUCGACCAGACCACACAGACAGAGAUUUUCCUCAAGGAACGAGAUAUAAUACUGGUCGAUGCGCCGCAGGAGGGCCCUAGUGAGGUGGAUGUUCUCAAGAUGGAUCAAGAGGAGGAGAGAGUAGCUGAUUGUCUCGUGGAGGCUGUCAAGAUCGACCAAGCCUGUCAAGAUUUAGAGGAGGAGUCAGCUGAGAGUCUCACGGGUGCUGCCAAGAUGGGCGAAGCAUGUGGAGAGAUUAAGGAAGGGGCAGAUCAUGGUCUCAUGGAUGUUGCUGAGACUGACCCAGUAUGUGGAGAUGAGGUGGAAGGGGCAGCUGAGAGUCUAAUGUGUCCUACCAGGAUGGAACAAGCCCAUCAAUAUUUAGAGAAGGAGGCAGCUGAGAGUCUCACGGGUGCUGCCAAGAUGGGCGAAGCAUGUGGAGAGAUUAAGGAAGGGGCAGAUCAUGGUCUCAUGGAUGUUGCUGAGACUGAACAAGUAUGUGGAGAUGAGGUGGAAGGGGCAGCUCAGAGUCUAGUGAGUGCUGCCAAGGUGGAACAAGCCCAUCAAGAUAUAGAGGAGGAGGCAGCUGAGAGUGUCAUGGGUGCUGCCAAGAUGGGCGAAGCACGUGAAGAGAUUAAGGAAGGGGCAGAUCAUGGUCUCAUUGAUGUUGCUGAGACUGACCCAGUAUGUGGAGAUGAGUUGGAAGGGGCAGCUGAGAGUCUAGUGAGUGCUGCCAAGGUGGAACAAGCCCAUCAAGAUAUAGAGGAGGAGACAGCUGAGAGUGUCAUGGGUGCUGCCAAGAUGGGCGAAGCAUGUGAAGAGAUUAAGGAAGGGGCAGAUCAUGGUCUCAUGGAUGUUGCUGAGACUGACCAAGUAUGUGGAGAUGAGGUGGAAGGGGCAGCUGAGAGUCUAGUGAGUGCUGCCAAGGUGGAACAAGCCCAUCAAGAUAUAGAGGAGGAGGCAGCUGAGAGUGUCAUGGGUGCUGCCAAGAUGGGCGAAGCACGUGAAGAGAUUAAGGAAGGGGCAGAUCAUGGUCUCAGGGAUGUUGCUGAGACUGACCCAGUAUGUGGAGAUGAGUUGGAAGGGGCAGCUGUGAGUCUAGUGAGGCCUGCAAAGAUGGAACAAGCCCAUCAAGAUAUAGAGGAGGAGGCAGCUGAGAGUGUCAUGGGUGCUGCCAAGAUGGGCGAAGCACGUGAAGAGAUUAAGGAAGGGGCAGAUCAUGGUUUCAUUGAUGUUGCUGAGACUGACACAGUAUGUGGAGGUGAGUUGGAAGGGGCAGCUGAGAGUCUAGUGAGUGCUGCAAAGAUGGAACAAGACCAUCAAGAUAUAGAGGAGGAGGCAGCUGAGAGUGCCAUGGGUGCUGCCAAGAUGGGCAAAGCACGUGAAGAGAUUAAGGAAGGCGCAGAUGAGAGUCUUGUGGAUGCUUCUGAGAUUGACAAAGCAGGUGUUGAUGAGGAGGAAGGGACAGCUGAGAUUCUAGUGAAUCCUGCGAAGAUGGAAAAAGCUCCCCAAGACUUAGAGGGGGAGGCAGCUGAGAGUCUCAUGGGUGCUGCUGAGAUUGAUGAAGACUGUGCAGAUGAGGAGGAGGGGUCAGCCGAGACUCUCGUGAAUGUUGCAAAGACGGAACAAGCCCCUAGAGAUCUAGAGGAGGGCGCAGCCGAGAGUGUCAAUGGUGAUGCCAAGAUGAAGGAAGUCAGUGUAGAGGUGGUGGAGGGGGUUGCUAUGAAGACUUUGCUCGGUCAGACAUCACUGAGAGAGACGAAUUUCAAACAACUGAAGAAGGCAAAUGAGCUCAAGAGGAGCCCACCUACAAAUGCUGCUCCUCAGUGA